AUGAUUCAUUCAUUGUAUGGUCAAUUAGCAAAUUCUGGUGGACUAUCGGAUCCACUGGUGCAAGCUGCAGCUGCAGCACUUGCAGCUCAAUCGACAGAUCCCUUUCUUACAGGAGGUGGCGAAAGUUACCUCAUUUUUUCAUCAAAAUUCAAUGAAAAAGAAUGUGCACGUGAUACAACAUUUACGAAAAUUUUUGUUGGUGGUCUGCCUUAUCACACAUCGGAUAAAACACUUCAUGAAUAUUUUGAGCAAUUUGGUGAAAUUGAAGAAGCUGUCGUUAUAACUGAUCGACAAACACAAAAAAGUAGAGGAUAUGGAUUUGUUACGAUGAAAGAUAAAGCAGCUGCUGAACGUGCAUGCAAAGAUCCAAAUCCUAUAAUUGAUGGUCGAAAAGCGAACGUUAAUUUAGCAUAUUUGGGGGCGAAACCAAGAGGAAAUAUUCAAUUAGCUGCGCUUUCUAAUGGACUUCAACAAAUCCCACUUCAAGCACAACUUCAAACAUUGUUUCCCGGUCGACUUACCGGUUUACCGCAACUGGUUUAUCCUACAACAAAUCCUUUAAUAAAUUCGCUAACUGGUCUACAAGCGGCCACUCAAACGAGUAUCGCUACUUUACCGCAAUUAACAUCGUCACAACCUCAACAGCCUUACAUAGAUUAUGCGACUUUGGCUGCUGUAGCUGCUGCCGGUGGACAAAAUCCAUUCGGAAUUCAUAAUUCGGUGGCAACUACUGGAGCUCUUGGACUCGAGCAUUUCGCAUAUACAGCUCCAUAUGGUGUCGUUCCAAGUACUUAUGCUGCUCAGUUGAGUGCUGCACAAUCUCAGUUGGCUGCUGUCACACAACAACAGGCUGCACUUGAGCAUCAACGAGUAUAA